UGUGCGUGUGUGUAACGUGUGCGUGAGGCAGAGAGACGAAGGUAUGGAGCGAGUGUACGUGUGCGACAGUUGAGGUCAAGAGAGAUUAGCGGAGCUCGCAAAUCGCUGCUCGCCCGACUGUUUUCCUGCAUCACCGGAUUAACUAAAGGUGCCAUUCGGGGAACCACCACCGGGAAAUCUGUCAAAAUAAAAAUUGACAUUAGAACUUCUGAACGAGAAGAACCGUUAUCCUCAGUGCAAAUAAACGAAAGAAAAUAUAUAUAAAAACUGCUGGGAAAUUGUAAUAUGAAAAAGGACGUGGCUGGGGAAUUAGGAUUUGUUCCUCAAAAAGAGAUCGUCUACAACAGUCUUCUUCCAUACGCGGACAAAUUAGACAAAGAGUCCAAUGAGAUUUUGGCCCAGAUCAAGGGUAAUUUGGCUCGGGCGGUACAGGCUCGCGAGCUAUGGCCCGGAAUCCUGUUCUGGACCAGGAAACUUUCUACGUACAUCCGGCUGUAUGGCAGGAAGUUCAGCAGAGAGGACCAUGUGCUCUUCAUCAAGCUGCUGUAUGAGCUGGUGACCAUGCCCCACCUGGAGAUCAGCAUGAUGCAGGGCUUCGCCCGCCUCCUCAUCACCCUGCUCAAGAAGAAGGAGCUGCUGUCACGGGAUGACCUGGAGUUGCCGUGGAGACCACUAUACGAGCUUUACGAGAGGAUUCUCUAUUCCAAAACUGAGCACCUGGGUCUCAACUGGUUCCCCAAUUCUGUGGAGCAUGUGCUGAAGAUGCUGGUGAAGAGCUGCAGGCCGUAUUUCCCAGUAUCCGCCACAGAGGAGAUGUUGGAGGAGUGGCGGCCGCUGAUCUGUCCGUUUGACCUCAGCAUGCAGAAGGUCAUCAGCUACUGUGAGCUCUUCCUGCCCACCAUCCUGCCCCCCGAGCUGCACCACAGAGGCUUCAAGCUGUGGUUCCAUGAGCUGAUGGAUCUCUGGGUGUCAGUGCAGAACUUGCCAGCGUGGGAUGGGAGUCUCAUGAACCUGUUCGCUCGCCUGGCCAGUGACAACAUCGGCUACAUUGACUGGGACCCCUACAUCCCCAAGAUAUUUACCAGGAUCCUGCGGAGUCUGAACCUGCCAGUGGGGACCAGCCAGGUGCUGGUUCCCAGGUACCUGACCAAUGCCUACGACAUCGGCCAUGUGGUGCUCUGGAUCUCUUCCAUGCUGGGCGGACCCAGCAAGCAGGCCCAGAAGCAGCUGAGCGGGCUUUUCAACAGCAUCACUUCCUUCUUCCACCCUUCCAACAAUGGCCGCUGGCUGCUGAAACUGAUGAAGCUGCUGCAGCGCCUCCCGGCCAGCGUGGUGCGGCGUCUUCACGAGGAGCGCUACGGCGCCCCCACCUGGCUGCCCCCGGUGCCGGACAGCCACAAGCUGACGGAGCAGGACAUCGGCGACUUUGUGGAGAGCAUGAAGCAGCCGGUGCUGCUGGCCAUGUUCAGCAAGACGGGCAGCCUGGACGCCGCCCAUGCCCUGCAGAACCUGGCGCUGAUGCGGCCCGAGCUCGUCAUCCCGCCCGUGCUGGAGAAGACAUACCCGGCCAUGGAGACACUGACCGAGCCACACCAGCUGACGGCCACGCUCAGCUGCAUGAUCGCGGUAGCACGCAGCCUGGUCAGCGGGGGGCGCCACUUCCCUGAGGGACCCACACACAUGCUGCCACUGCUCAUGAGGGCGCUGCCAGGCGUCGACCCCAACGACUUCAGCAAGUGCAUGAUCACAUUCCAGUUCAUCGCCACGUUUACGACCCUGGUGCCUUUGGUGGACUGCUCGUCCGCCCUUCACGAAAGGAAUGAUCUGACAGAGGUGGAACGGGAGCUGUGUUCAGCCUCUGCAGAGUUUGAAGAUUUUGUGCUGCAGUUCAUGGACAGGUGCUUUGCUCUGAUCGACAGCAGUACUCUGGAACAGACUCGGGAGGAGAUGCAGAUGGAUAAGAUGACCCAUCUGGAGAGCCUGGUGGAGCUGGGACUGUCCUCCACCUUCAGCACCAUCCUCACACAGUGUUCCAUGGACAUCUUCAAGGUGGCUCUGGAGAAGGUCUUCAACUUCGCCACCACCAACAUCUUCGAGACGCGCGUGGCUGGGAGGAUGGUGGCAGACAUGUGCAGAGCCGCCUCCAAGUGUCACCCUGCAGAGGCUCUGAAGCUGUUUGUGCCACACUGCUGCAGCGCAAUAAUGCACAUCUCUGCCAAUGAGGACAUCUUCAGUGAGGAAGAGCUGGAUAAGGACCUGCUGUGGAAUCUCCAGCUGCUGUCAGAGGUGACUCGUGUGGAUGGACAGCAGCUCUUACCGUACCGCUCUCAGCUGGUGCAGAUCCUGCAGCUGACUCUGCACCUGAAGUGCAAACAGGGCUACAGCCUGGCCUGCAACCUGCUGCACCACGUCCUGCGCUCCACUGCCCUCACCUACCCCACCGAGUACUGCAGCGUGCCCGGGGGAUACCAGCGGCCGCGGCGGGACUACCUGCCCAUCAAGGACUGGGGUCGGCCCGGGGACCUGAAUGACCUGCAGAUUCAGUGGCACGUGCCGAACGUGGAGGAGAAGGACUUUGGCUUCUACCUGCUGGACCUGCUGCUGCAGCCUGAACUCCAGCGCCUGCAGAGAUACGCCCAGGGAGAGCAGGACAUGAGCAGGGAUGACGUCUUGCAGAGCCUGGCCAUCGUCCAGCACUGCCUGCUAGGAGCUGGGAGCAUGCUGCCCCCACUGGAGGGAACCGUGGUGUCUGGCUUGGUUUCCAGCAUGGUGAGUCUGGAGGAGACCAAACUCUAUGCUGGCAUGGAAUACGACACAUCCCAAGAGAACUACAGAGAGACCAUCUGCAGAGUCAUGAGACAGCUACUGCAUCACAUUCUGGAACACUCUGAAGAUGACACAAAGUCCCUCUUCAGCAUCAUCAAGAUCAUCAGUGACCUGCUGCAAUUCAAAGGGUCCCACAAGGCAGAGUUUGACUCCCGCUGGAAGAGCUUCAACCUGGUAAAGAAGUCCAUGGAGGACCGGCUCCACGGCAGGAAGCAGCACAUUCGGGCUCUGCUCAUCGACAGAGUAAUGCUACAGCAUGAGCUGCGGAAGCUAACGGUGGAGGGGUGUGAAUACAGGAGCGUUCACCAGGACCUUCUGAAAGACCUGCUGAAACUCUCCACCAGCACCUACAGCCAGGUGCGCAGUCAGGCCCAGAACGUGCUGUUCGCUGCUCUGGGGACCUACAACUUCUGCUGCAGAGACCUGCUGCCCCACGUCCUGGAGCUCCUGGAGCCAGACCGCACCGAUGUCACACAGCAGCAAUUCAAAGGUGCCUUGUACUGUCUCCUGGGCAACCACAGCGGUGUGUGCCUGGCGUGCCUGCACGACUGGGACUGCAUCGUGCAGACGUGGCCGGCCAUGGUGCGCUCCGGCCUCAGUGCCGCCAUGUCCCUGGAGAAGCCGUCCAUCGUGCGCCUGUUCGACGACCUCGCCGACAAGGUCCACCGCCAGUAUGAGACCAUCGGUCUGGACUUCACCAUACCAGAAGACAUGCUUCCCCUCACCACCAAGAUGAUACAGUCUGAUAGCCCCACGCCCUCCCUGCCCCUGCCCACUGACCAGGACCUGGAGAUGGGUGUGCAGCGCAUGCUGGCCAAAAACUUGGACUCAGAACAGAAGUACGAGAGGCUGGUCAAUGACCUUGUGGAUUUGCUCAGCGACACAGACCUGCCGUGGAAGUUUGAGCACAUGGCCAUCGGCUUCCUAUCCCUCCUGCUUCGGGAUGACCACGCCCUUCCUGUCCCCGCUGUGCUUUUCUUCAUCCAGAGUCUCAACCACGACUCCAUCACCAUACGCAAGAUGGCGAUCUCUGCUGUGGGUGGGAUCUUGAAGCAGCUGAAGAGGGCCCACAAGAAAGUGCCCAUUGAUCCUUUUGAAAUCAUUAGUGCUAGUGUGCAGGAGGGCAGGCCUGAUAACCACUGGCUCCUGUAUGACAGCAGCCGUCUCCCCCGGACACAGCAGGAGUGGGAGAGCUGCUGCUUCGUGGAGAAGACACACUGGGGCUACUACUGCUGGCCGAGGAAGUUGAUGCUGUACGCUCCUACACAUGAGCAGCCAAAACAAGACCUAACCAGAGAGGAAAUGAGUGAGAGGGAGCAGAUCGUCUAUGACCAUUUCACCGACCCAGAGUUUGUCGACCAGCUCAUCGAGUUUCUGUGUCUGGAGGACCGCAAGGGCAAGGACCAGUUCAGCCCACGGAGGUUCUGCCUCUUCAAGGGCCUGUUCCGGAACUUCGGCGACGCCUUCCUGCCUGUGCUACAGCCCCACAUGGAGCGGCUGGUGGCCGACUCCCACGAGAGCACGCAGCGCUGCGUAGCCGAGAUCAUCGCUGGCCUCAUCCGCGGCAGCAAGCACUGGAGCUACGGCAAGGUGGUGAGCCUCUGGGAGCUGCUCUGUCCUCUGAUCCGCACUGCGCUGUCCAACAUCACUGUGGAAACGUACGGAGACUGGGGCACGUGCAUCGCCACCGCUUGUGAGAGCAGAGACCCUCGGAAGUUGCACUGGCUGUUUGAGAUGCUGAUGGAGUCACCGGUGAAUGGAGAGGGAGGAUCCUUCGUGGAUGCCUGUCGGCUGUACGUGCUCCAGGGCGGUUUGGCCCAGCAGCAGUGGCGGGUCCCUGAGCUCCUCCACAGGCUGCUACAGUACCUGGAGCCCAAACUCACACAGGUGUAUAAGAACGUGCGUGAGCGCAUCGGCAGUGUGCUCACCUACAUUUUCAUGAUCGACGUGGACCUGCCCUUCACCCGGCCGACGGCGUCUCCGCGGGUCUCCGAGUUCACCAAGCGGGUGGUGAUGCGGCUCAAACCCCUGCUGGAGGGGGACGAGGAGAUCCAGAACCAUGUGGUGGAGGAGAACGGGGUGGGAGAGCAGGACGAGAGGACACAGGCCAUCAAACUGCUCAAGACUGUGCUGAAGUGGCAGAUGGCCAGUGCAGGACGUUCCUUCUCCACUGCUGUCCGGGAGCAGCUGCAGCUGCUACCCCUGCUCUUCAAGAUCGCUCCGGUGGAGAAUGACGACAGCUAUGAUGAGAUGAAGAGAGAUGCCAAGGCCUGCCUGUCUCUGAUGUCCCAGGGCCUGCUGUACCCAGAGCAGAUUCCUCAGGUGCUGCACACUCUGAAGGAGAUUGCAGGCAGCAGUUCCUGGCACGCCCGCUACACCGUGCUCACCUACCUGCAGAUCAUGGUCUUCUACAACCUCUUCACCUUCCUGAGCGACGAGCAGUCGGUCAGAGACGUCCGAAUGCUGGUCAUUAGCCUUCUGGAGGACGAGCAGCUGGAGGUGCGGGAGAUGGCGGCAACCACUCUCAGCGGCUUCUUGCAGUGUAACUUCCUGCCCAUGGAUGCCCAAAUGCAGGCCCACUUUGAGACGCUGUGUAAAACCCGCCUGCCUAAGAGGAGGAAGAAGGAGCUGGGCUCUGUGGUGGACACCAUCCCCUCUGCGGAUCUGGUGCGCCGUCAUGCUGGAGUUCUGGGUCUGAGCGCCUGCAUCCUCUCCAGUCCAUACGAUGUCCCCGACUGGAUGCCCCAACUGCUGAUGGACCUGAGCGCCCACCUCAACGACACCCAGCCCAUAGAGAUGACUGUGAAGAAGACCCUGUCUGACUUCCGCCGGACUCACCAUGAUAACUGGCAGGAGCACAAGCAGCAGUUCACUGAUGACCAGCUGUGCGUUCUUACCGAUCUGCUGGUCUCACCUUGCUACUACGCUUAAAGCAGGCAGUGACAUGACAUGACUCUCUUCUGGAGACCAGUUUUUGUUGGAUUUUUUGUUUUUUGUUUUUUAAAUUGAGUUUUUGAAGAUUGAAGAAGCAAACAAGAAGAUGUCCUCAUAGUUUUAUUUUUCCCCCUCCUGUGGUCCGGGACGUCUCAGAGGUCUCAGAGGGACGUCUGACUUUGCCUGACUGUGUCUUUGCUGCAUCAUACUAUGGUUACUAGUGGUCAUCCGUGGUCAUUGACUGUCAGCAGCAAAACUCCUGGAAAGGUCAUCCUUCAGCAGGGCUGGGGAGUCUCAUAAAAGCAGGUGUACUCAAUUAAAAUCUCAUUCCUGAUAUACUUAAUAUUUAAGGUAAACAGCAGGACAGAUUGGCAUUCAUUCUGUAAUACUACUGUAACAUUACUGUACAGUUUUUCCUUGCUUGUGUGCCGAGUGCUUGGACGUGAUUGGCUACAAUUUGUCUGCCCUUUUCACCCCCAGUUAAACCCUGUGUAUUUACAGCACUGUGUUAAGACCUGUAUAUUUACAGUGAUGUAUUAAUGCCUGUAUUUUUACAGCAGUGCAAAGACCAGCAUCUUUACAAUGCUGUGUUCAGACAAGCACCUUUAUAGCAGUGUGUUAUUACCAGCAUCUUUAUAGUAAAGUGUUAAAACCAGCAUCUUUACAGCAGUGUGUUAAGACCAGCAUCUUUACAACAGUGUGUUAUUACCAGCAUCUUUACAGCAGUGUGUUAAGCCCUGUAUCUUUACAGAAGUGUGAUAACACCAGAAUCUUUACAAUGGCAUGUACCAUGAAGACUGUCUAUUUGACAUAUGAAUCAGACCCUGGUGUAAUUAGUUCUGCAUCAGUCUAC